CGUAACUUUCUACCAAUUAAAUAAAAAUAACAUUGAUGAUGAAUUUAAAAUUCGGCUAAAUAUUACUUAUGUAAAUUUUCAUAUAUAAUUUAGCAUUACAAUCAUUGUUAAAAAAAAGACGAAGAUCAAAUGCACGAUUUUGAUAAGACGAUUGAAUUGUAGAAAGAACUAUUCUUUUUAUAUUUCCACCACGCCAUAACGAGGCAGACAGGAAAUGACUGGUCGUAAAUUUAUAAAAAAAAUAUUUGAUGACGAAUCUCUAUAACAAAGACUUGUUCUUAACAGAUUUUACAACAUAGGAAAAUUAAUCUCAUAUGAAAAAACAGUAAUGAUGGUUCAAAGAAAACCACAGCUACAAAUCUUGAAGUUUUUGGUGAAAGCCAUUGUCUUGAUUGUUGUUCAUCAGUUGAUCUGUGUAAAGAUAGAUGGACGCAAUUGCCCAAUAGCUACAUCGACCAUAACAUAUGUCCCCCAUUGUCCAAUGAAUAAAGCAGAAUGGAAAAUAGCUGCGACCAAGAAAAAUUGUUCUGACAUGACCCAAAGUUGUGUGAAAAAUGAAGAUUUUCAAUACCACUGUGUAGUUAAUUCGUGGAUAAAUGCAACUAUGGAAGUUUGUGCACCUACUUGGUACUGCAUGGGGUAUUGUGCAGAAUUCAAUAUUCGAGGAGAACGAAUCCAAGACAACUUCAACGCACCCUGUACUUCAUUGAAUAACCCCUGUCCUGCAAGAUAUUUGUCAUCAGAAUCAUACCUUUACAAGGGGUGUUAUGAACUGGUGCAGAAGAAAGAUAAAGGAGAUAUGAAUGAUGAAGAGAGACAUUCUGGACUUAAAGAAAAAAACAUUUUGACGACAUCUGAAAUUUCUGCAAUUGCAAUAAGUUCUGUUGUGCCAUUUAUGUUUAUUGUCACGACAGCAAUUAUUUUCGUGAAACGAAAAUCAGGCGAGGAAAAUGAAGGCGGUGGUCUAAGUGGAAAAGAAGAAAACAAUACAAUGUUUAAUCUACAGUUUUCCCAUAAUAUAUGACGUAAAUCUUAGGAUUAUUCUUUGAAUUGUAAAUGUUUCAGAAAACGUUUUAUCACUUAAACUUUUCUCCCCCAAUAGGUCCUCAGUACCCCCUUGCUUGUCGUAAAAGGCGACUAAAUGGGGCGGUCCUUCGGAUGAGACCGUAUAAACCGAGGCCCCGUGUCACAGCAGGUGUGGCACGAUAAAGAUCCCUCCCUGCUUAAUGGCCCUGAGUGCCGAGCAUAGGCCCAAAUUUGCAGCCCUUCGCCGGCAAUGGUGACGUCUCCAUAUCGGUGAAAUAUUCUGGAGAGGGACGUCAAACAGUAUACAAUCAAUCAAUCUCCCCCAAUUAUACAAACAUUUUUUGUUGCUAUUUAUUCAAUCAUUUUCUUUUUUAU